UACACAGGAGUUCUCCAUUGUUGUGUCUGGGAAAGAGGGAGGUUAAACAAGUUUUUCACAAAACAAGAAGGCAAUAUAGUUGGCUGUGGUGUUGCGCUGGCAGACACCUUGUAGUGUAGUUUGGUAGUACACUAGCCUAACUAAACAAUGCAGUGGCCUACACUAUGGGGGGUAGCUUCCUGUGGAGGAGGGGCAGCUACACUAGUGGGCAUAAAGAUUAAGGACAGUAAAGGCAAGUGCAGGUUUACUGUCUGCUUAAGAAAUGUUUCAAAAAGCAAUGACUGAGAUGCAAGGCAGUAACAGUCCAAAGAUUAUCUCUUCAAGUCGACUCAGGCUGUAAUGCAAGGCAGUAACAGCUAGGUGCAGAACUUGGGUUUCACAGGGCUGGUAGCACGCUGUGGCUCUAUCUCAGGCUCUAUUUCUUACUCAGGCUGAAAUGCUUGGCAGUAACAGCCAGGUAUAAGCUCUCUGUGUUACACAGGGCUGUCGGCACACAGUGUUUAAUGUUAAAGGGAGCAGCAAUUCUGACAGCUUUACUAGAUAGCAUUGAACACGUGGUAUUCAAAUGCUGGACUGAGGUUCUUACAUUUCCUACAGAAUAAAUUCAACUGGAAUUGUUAGCAACAAUAGCAGGCUCUUGAUACUAAGGCUUAAGUGUUAGCUAUUAAUAACUGGAGGACGUCUAAUAUUACUUCAGGUAAAAUUAGUAAACCAAUUCUCACCACAGUGCACUUGUUUGUAAGUACACCUGGACGUUUACUCCUGUGGUGGACUAAAAAUUUUUCAACCUUUGCGGUUUUGGCCAAAUUAUGAAUUUAAUAUUGCACAAUUAUGAAUAUUUGCCAACAGUACUCGGCCUCACACGGGGCACCAUUAUGUUGGGUCUGAGCUCUAUUAGUAACUGGAAAUCAUUAGUACUCGGCCUCACACGGGCGGCACCAUUAUGUUAACAGUACUCUACCUCAUGAGCUGGACACCAAAUGUGUUAGAUUUCGGUUGUUUAUCAAUUUAUUGGCUAUCACAAAUUAAGGAAAUAUUAAUAUUAAAAAUAUUAAUAUUAAAUAAUAUCUUUAAAAUGAAUUAAAGUUCACGGGGCACCAGCCUAAACUAAUAGGCAAAAUAGCCAAUAUGGUUUUAGUCUCAAUUUAUUACCAUUAAUCUGGAACUCUGAUUAACCAUUAGCUUACUAACUAUAACCAAAUUACCAAAUCAAUAGUAAGUUACAGUUGAAGGAUUGGAAUUCUACCGAGUAGAGUACUGUUAACAUAAUGGUGCCGCCCGUGUGAGGCCGAGUACUAAUGAUUUCCAGUUACUAAUAGAGCUCAGACCCAACAUAAUGGUGCCCCGUGUGAGGCCGAGUACUGUUGGCAAAUAUUCAUAAUUGUGCAAUAUUAAAUUCAUAAUUUGGCCAAAACCGCAAAGGUUGAAAACAUUUUUUUUAGUCCACCACAGGAGUAAACGUCCAGGUGUACUUACAAACAAGUGCACUGUGGUGAGAAUUGGUUUACUAAUUUUACCUGAAGUAAUAUUAGACGUCCUCCAGUUAUUAAUAGCUAACACUUAAGCCUUAGUAUCAAGAGCCUGCUAUUGUUGCUAACAAUUCCAGUUGAGUUUAUUCUGUAGGAAAUGUAAGAACCUCAGUUCAGCAUUUGAAUACCACGUGUUCAAUGCUAUCUAGUAAAGCUGUCAGAAUUGCUGCUCCCUUUAACAUUAAACACUGUGUGCCGACAGCCCUGUGUAACACAGAGAGCUUAUACCUGGCUGUUACUGCCAAGCAUUUCAGCCUGAGUAAGAAAUAGAGCCUGAGAUAGAGCCACAGCGUGCUACCAGCCCUGUGAAACCCAAGUUCUGCACCUAGCUGUUACUGCCUUGCAUUACAGCCUGAGUCAACUUGAAGAGAUAAUCUUUGGACUGUUACUGCCUUGCAUCUCAGUCAUUGCUUUUUGAAACAUUUCUUAAGCAGACAGUAAACCUGCACUUGCCUUUACUGUCCUUAAUCUUUAUGCCCACUAGUGUAGCUGCCCCUCCUCCAAAGGAAGCUACCCCCCAUAGUGUAGGCCACUGCAUUGUUUAGUUAGGCUAGUGUACCACCAAACUACACUACAAGGUGUCUGCCAGCGCAACACCGCAGCCAACUAUAUUGCCUUCUUGUUUUGUGAAAAACUUGUUUAACCUCCCUCUUUCCCAGACACAACAAUGGAGAACUCCUGUGUAGAGCAGUUUAUUUCUUCCCUAGCACAGAGCCUGAAGCCUGGCUACCUAGAAUUUAUCAGCAAGUUAAAUUCCAGUGAGUGCAGUAAAGAAAUAGACUUGCUACUCAGUGACAAAGGUGAUGCUCAGACUGCAUCCAAAGGCCCAUUGUUAAGAUGUGUACUGUUGAACUUCCACAGGCAAACCAGCAUUUCACUUCAGAGCCAAGCAGCCCUAGAGGAGGAGGUAAAAUCGCUUAGAGCUCAAAAUGCUUUUCUCCUCCAAGAAGUUAAGGAAGCUAACAAGAAAGCCAUGCGCUACUUAGGAGACCUGCAUGCAGCAGAGGUAGACCUCUGUUCACACAAGGAAGAAUUGUUAAGGGUUAAAUCAGAAUGCUUUGCUCCACCACGAUCGGUCAGUGCUUGUGAUUCUGGUUUCUCUGCUUCACACUCUUCCCUUAAUGACAGGUUAACUCCGCCUCCACUCAGAGGAUGGGGCAAAUUCCCAACUGACCCUAAGUCCUGGGAAAUGAAGUCAGCUCCUCAACCUCCACUGAGAGACAGAGGUUACACCCACCUGACUUCCCAUCUUCCUGAAACUGACAAUGAAGAGACAGGUAGUUUAUCCGGUAGAGGAUAUUCAUGUUCCCAUCAGCCACUGAUGCAUAACAGUUUCACCUGUGCUCACCCCUCCAACAGAAGGACCAAAACUUUUCCGGACUGUUCAGCCUCCUCUCUGCACCUCCAUGAGAGUGAUGACUGCUGUUCAGCUCCUUCCUCUAGUCCAGCUAGCAUAGUCUCGCCUUCAUCAGUAGGGACCUCACAGUGCCCCCGCCUCGAAGCGCUUGAGUUAUUAGCAAAGGACAUUGAACAUUUUGAUCCAGACAGCUCUGAUCAACAUAUUGAAAACUACUUUAAGGAGUUAGAUCACAACUUAAUUGAUUUGCCCCAUGCAACCCAAAGGGAGAAAACUAAACUUGUGUGGAAGACCAGCUCAAAAGCAGUCCACAAGUUUAUGCAAUCACUGCCUCCCAGUGUCAGAGAUGACUACAAAGAGCUCUGUCAAGCACUGACAGAAGAAUUCUCUCCUGCUGCAGAUGAGAUAGAAUCUUUGGUUGCAGCUUCUCAAAUCAAACACUCCCGCCAUGAACAUCCCAAUGACUUUUACCAACGUUUGAGGCAUGCAUAUUUUCAGGGUAGGAACACACCAGGCUUAGAGCAGAACUCCACCUUCAAGUCUUUGUUCCUACGAAACCUCCAUCCCUGUGUACGCACUCAUGUUACACUGAUGACGCAUCAAGGUAAGCCCACCAUGCAGGAAAUAAAGAAAAUGACAAAAAUGGCUUGGGAAACCAUGGUCAAUUCCAAGGCAAGGGGGAAAACAACUGAGCCUAGCAACUCAAACACCUUAGCGUCACACAGACAUGUAACCUCAAAAGAUCACCCUCAGAACAGAUCGAAGGGGGGUGACAAAAGGCCACAUAUGGGUGCUGAGCGUAACCGCCACGCCCACCAAGUGCGUAGAGAUAGGCACUCCCACAACAGGAGCAGGAGACGGCCUUACGCAGAAAUUCUGGCUCAGACACAGGACCAGUCAACACAUGGAUCAGACAAUGACCACGUCAUCUCUGACCAUGUUAAUUCAGACAGUGACAAUGCCUCUGAAUGUUCUUCCUUCAGCUACUCAAAGUGCUACAGCUUUGUGCCACAGGUUAAAGAAAACUUAAAGCACCGGCGCUCCAGAGUUCGCCGCACUGAGUACUGACAGUAAGUAGGCUCAGGGUACCCUACACUCUUCCAGAUGGACACAAUGGGUUUGUCAGCAGCAGCAGCAGCAGCAAACUAAAUUCUGAAUCAAGUCAGAUACAAGUUUAGGACACUGCAUAUACAUGGCACACUCACCCAGACACUCCAAAUCUUGUCAUUCUAGGUGCCACCCUCUAUAUCUCACCAUAACAAACUAACAUCACUGACUUUCCUGUCCUCACUAACACCAUGAGUAACUAGGAAACAUGUUAGUUGUUUUACACUAUUUGAUCAUUGUGGUUAUUUUCUGAAGUGUGCUUUGUAACCUGAUUGUUCUUGCUUAGCCAAGAUAGAUAGUGUUGACAAAUGCCCGGAUGUUACCCGUUGAAUGAACUGACAAAUGGACUAUACAUUGUGCUCUCAGGAUGACACGUCAGGUGGCAUCCUGACAACAAAGGGGGGACUGUUGGGACUCAGUCAUUCAAUAGACCAAAUGUUUCUUUGCUCCACUGGACAAAGGAAUUCACACCCCACAGUUCCUCACGGUUCACACCUGGGGAUGACCCUUCCCCCCAUGGACCCCACUGGCCAGCCAGUGUGGGCCAGCGUGUGACAUGUGACCCCCUAAGGUGUCACAAACAAAACCAGUCUUCUAGACCCCUUCUCUCUCUCUUCCCUUCUUGGCUUGCUCUGGAGAGCAGCUCCAGCCCUCUCCUCUCGGUUCUUCAAAGGGCAACAAGGCCCCAGCCCAGGUCAGCUCUGCUACCUGAGAAACUAGCUCUCUCGCCGGCCUGCAACCAGCAGCCUGCAAACACUCUUCUCCUCCACAACAGCGACCUGCUUCGGAUUAACUGUGAGUGAACCAAAUCCUCUUCAGAAUCAGCGGCUACAACACAAGGCCAGCUGAUUUUCCAAGCAACAGGAGUCGUAGCAGAGUUAGCAUGGAACAGCUAACUCUGUGAGGGGAACAAAGGAGAUACCAGCAAGCAACACAGCCAGACAGGACUUUAUUCCACCAGGAAACCCCCCAAACUCACUGGAUUUUACAAACCACUGGAAAGGACCUCUUUGCUUGUUCCAAGAAUCGGGUAACGUUAACGGACUGGGCCUAACCUCUCCCAGCACAGCAUAGCACAGCACAGCAUAGCUAAUCAGCAGAAGCCUUAACUUGUUAAUGUACUUGUUGAUUGAUGUCUUGUUGUUGUAAUGUUUGCUUAGGUUGUGGUCAGUCAUACAGUUAAUCGAGUACUCGUAUGUUCACACACAUAGCAGUACGUCUCAGUCCUAGAACCUGCAUGAAGCUAACCUUCCCCCUCUAACCUGGUACCAUUAGAUUACAUGAGCUAGGCUAACAAAGAAACUCACACCCUCCCUCUCACACACACUAGGUGGUCUCAGCGGCCAUUUUAGUAGUUUCUUUGUUUACCGCCAUCUUUGUAGUCUUCUUUGUUCAGGUCAUGUGGUCACAGUGACCACUUUGAGUCGGCCAUCUUGCCUAUGUCUGUGUCCCCACAGACACACACACACACACACA